UCAGAGCUGCGCGGGUUGUGGUCACGUGAGGCGCCUGUGCGUCACCUGACGUGUCUGACAGUCCGCUGCGGACGCCGGGUCAGCUGAUCUGGGAGUCGCGCAGGGUGCCGGCAGGUCGGGGUUCUCCGGUCUCGCCACCCCCGUCGCAGCCAUGUCGUUCUUCCCGGAGCUUUACUUCAACGUGGACAAUGGCUACUUGGAGGGGCUGGUGCGCGGCCUGAAGGCUGGGGUGCUCAGCCAGGCGGACUACCUCAACCUAGUGCAGUGCGAGACGCUCGAGGACUUGAAACUGCACCUGCAGAGCACUGACUACGGCAACUUCCUGGCCAAUGAGGCAUCACCUCUGACAGUGUCAGUCAUCGAUGACCGGCUCAAGGAGAAGAUGGUGGUGGAGUUCCGCCACAUGAGGAACCACGCUUAUGAGCCACUUGCCAGCUUCUUGGACUUCAUAACUUACAGCUACAUGAUCGACAAUGUGAUCCUGCUCAUCACAGGCACUCUGCACCAGCGCUCCAUUGCUGAGCUCGUGCCCAAGUGCCACCCGCUAGGCAGCUUCGAGCAGAUGGAAGCCGUGAACAUUGCUCAGACACCUGCCGAGCUCUACAAUGCCAUUCUGGUGGACACGCCCCUGGGUGAGCCGCUUAUAGGAGAUGGGCAGUGGUGUCAGCAUCAGUGCCUCAGUGUGGCAUCUGUGGACCUCCAAGGG